GAGGGGAGAAUAGGAGAAACGGUUAGUCGGGACGGUUACGGAGGGAGGUAGAGAGUGGAGGGAAGCGGCAAGGAGAUCCGGUGGUGGGGGCGGGCGAGGGAGAGACGGAGGGAGAGAGAGAGAGAGAAGAAGCAUGGGGGCGGUGGCUGCUCCGCUACGGCCGCCAUCACCAUCCGUCCCAUCCUAUAGUAAACUCCGAAGCAGCAGUCCCCAAUCUGUCUCCAUGUGUGUUAGUUAGGACCGUGUUUUACCGGUGCUUGCUACUCCAAGCUGGUAGUAACACCGACAUUUCUGCCUUGCCCGCUCUCUACGAUGCCCUAGCAUCGGCUCCCGAUUACCAUCGCACUUCCCUCGUUCCUUUCUUCUCUCCGUCUUUCUCCCGCUAUUCUUUCCCUCCAGCCUGCCUCCGGUGAGUGUGUGUUUUUCGCUUCGGUGCGUGGGAAAACGCGUACGCGAAUGAAAAGAAUCGGUAGGAAAGGAAAAGGCGGUGGAGGAGGAAGCGGCAGAAGAAGAGCAGCAUAUCGCUUUCCGCACGAAUCGUUUCCAAGGAUAUAACUAGUGCACGCUGUCUUCCUCUCUCUAGUUCUCGUUCCGUUCUUUUUCCGUUUUUUUUUUUUUCAUCCUGCUUUAUAAUUAUCAUAUUAUUAUAAAGAGAGCAAGUGUAAUCAGUGUAAUCAGUUGGGAAAUCCUUGGUGCACCGUUAUUCUAAAUUCGUUCUUCGAUACUUUUGUUUGUGACAUCGAGCAACACUUUCGAACAACGAGCGAGAAGAGAAGAAGAAACAACGCAACGGAUAGAGAGGAUAGAAUCGAAAGCAAGAUUUUUUUUUUCCAUGGACGCGAAAUUAUAAAUAAUAAUACCGGAGGGUGUUAAAAGAAAUAAAUAAAAAAUUUCAUCCGUUCCGUUUUGAAAAAAAUCCUUCGAAAAGUCUCAAGAUUGCCGAUUAAUUAAUUAUCGACCUUUGACACGUACGACGAAAACGGCGGACGUCGAACGAAAAUCCAACGAGGCUGAAACGCGUCCCACCCAAUCGGUUCUCUCGAAUCAUCGUCGUGGAAUCGUCACUUAUCGGACGAGGGGAACGAAGGAACGAACGAACUAUCCGUGGACCUCGGCGCUGCCGCCCGCUGGAAUUUCUCCUGUCGUCGUCUGCACAUAACCUCUCUCUUUCCCUCGCCUCUUCUUGCUGCUCUCCUUCGCCACCUCUCACCUCUGUCUCCACCGUUAUUAUCACUCUAUCGUUCCUUUCUACGCCUCUUCCACCAGCUUAACACCAGCCUCGCUCGCCUAUUUCGCAUCGAAGAGAAGAAAACGUGCGAUCAACAUUCCUGUGUUUCGUUGAACUCGUUGUGCGCGCGGUGACACGAUUGCUUUUCACGAUCGCGGUCGCGGUUAAAUGCUCGUCGCUUUGUGCUCGUCCUACGAUUCGAGCCGUUCACCCGCGUGGAUGGAUUAUCCCAAGAUCACCGAUAGUCGAUCAACGGUGACGAAGACGCAACGAUAAUAUUCCCUCUUAUCCAUUGUACGAAGAAGCAUAACAUACGUAACGUAACCUAAAAGCAGAAAAGAGAGAGAGAAAAAAAAAGAAAGACGGACAACGAGAGAUGACAUCGAAGAAACGUGGACUGGAACGGUGGGUGUGAAAUAACAUUCGAAUUUCUCGUUUUUCGAAAGAGCAACACACGAGCGAGAGAGCAACAUCAUCGUGCUCACUGUUUCUAUUCCGUUCGCUUGGUCGGUAAACUGUCGCGCGAACGGAUCCCCGUCAACGCUCGUGUAUCUCGUUCGUCGUAUCUAAUGUUCCCCGAUACCUCGAGACCAGCCGAUUGCUUCGUUACUUCGUAUCGACAGCCUAUCGUUCAUCGGCCGAUUCGACAGAAAAAACGGAAAGCAGUAGUACAACCAUGCGUCCCUCUACCUUGAUACGUCACAGAUCACGCUGGACGAACUCUUGAGCGGGAUCACGAGACGUGCCGCGGCUACGUUUAAUUAUUCAACCUGGCGGAAUCGUCGAAGAAACGCAAGACGUACCUCUGGGAGCAUUGGCUCGCGCUCACGCGAAUAUGAGCAUGACUCUCGUCCGGAAUACGUUCAAAGGUUGCAGCGAGGACGAGGCAGCAGGUGUCGCGAACGCGGAGGUGGGCGGAGGUUGCGCGGCCGGGGCGCCAACCACGGGAAGCGGGGGUGGGGGUGGCGGCGGGACAGGUAGCGAGGCUGGCGGAGGAGGAGGAGGAGGCGGCGGCGGCGAGGGCGGAUCGACGAAACAGGGUGGCGAGAGGUGUCCCCAGUGCGGCUUCCUCUGCCGGGACGUCCACGUGCUUCAGCUCCAUCUCGAGGACACGCACAAGACCACGUACGCCAUCGACAAGAACGAUCUCAACGCUCAAUUCCCCCAAGUGUCGUGCAAGGUGUGCAGCAAAACGUUCGCCAACGUCUACCGACUCCAGAGACACAUGAUCAGCCAUGAUGAGAGUGCCGUGCUUCGUAAGUUUAAGUGUCCCCAUUGCGAGAAAGCCUUCAAGUUUAAGCAUCACCUCAAGGAGCACCUUCGCAUUCACAGCGGUGAAAAGCCAUUCCAAUGCAACAACUGCGGCAAACGUUUUUCCCACUCGGGCUCGUAUUCGAGCCACAUGACCUCGAAGAAGUGCCUGAUAGUGAACUUGAAGAAAUCCAGGCACGCGAACGUGAGCAACGUGGACCGCGGCUCGAAAAAGGCGCAACAAUCCCUGCCGCCGGGGCGGCGCGAUGUCGAUCUCCUCGCGGCGAAUAAUAACACUUUCCUCCCUAUUCUGCCCAAGCUUUCACCCUCUGAUUAUCAGGAGAUACAACGGGAAGGAGCGGGCAUAUACGACAUGCCCACCCUUCUGCCGCAAAUGAUGGGUUUCGGCAGUUAUUUUCUGCAAACGUCCUUGGGCAAAAUCUUAAAUCAGCUACAUUCCAAGAGAUUGGACGAGGUAGCCGAGCAAUUCGAGUCUCAUCGGGAACUUAUGAGCCCGUCCACGGCGGAUUCCGAGGGCACGGAGGGCACGGAGGGCAAAGAAUCCCCGGCGCCCGCCGACCCCCAAGGCUUGGACGCUGUUCGCCGUAUUCUCGAAACGGUGAACACCUCUGUAACGAAACAACUGCUCGAGGCGAACGUGCGAAAAUUAUCCACAUCGCCUGCCACGAUGAAACGGGAGUUUGAGGAGGAUUAUCAAGAUCAAGACAGCGAGAUGUCCAGCGAGAUGGCACACUGUCCAGAUUGGUCAGCGACGGAUCAAUACGAUUCGCAGAGCGAAGGUUUAGCGGCGAAACUCGAAGACGUGAAUCAGCCGAGUGCGAAGUCGGGCUACAAGAGAAAAACGACGGAGGACAGCUCGGAGGCGGACUCGGAGGACGAGGAGGAUGGUGCACAGAUGCACAACGAUAAUGGAAGGAGAGUUAGAGCUAGAUCGUUGAUAGACGACGAGCAAUUGGCUGUUCUCAAGGGUUACUAUGCUAUUAAUCCCCGGCCUAAGAAAGAGGAGAUCAGCAUGAUCGCCAACUACAUCAAUUUCCCUACUCGUGUCGUGCAGGUUUGGUUCCAAAAUUCCCGGGCGAGGGAUCGACGAGAAUCGAAAAUACCACCUCUAGUACCGUUGGCUAACCCGGCCAGUCAGACGACAUACGAGCAACCAUUGGACUUGUCGAAGAAGGAAGGCCUCGCAGAGUCGGUGCGCAAAGACAGUAACGCUGCCUGUGUAAAGUUCGCAUCUUCGUCUCCUGUCGAACAGAGGAACGAUAAUGCAUCGUCGCAUAAUCAAGACGCGGAUGAUUUGGAGGAUUCGCCGCUCGUCAUUGACGAAGAAACCACCGAUUCUGUGGAAACGAAACGUACGGUCCCAACGGGAGAAAUUGUUCCAAAGAGUCAACCUCAAACAAAUACGAAAAACGAAAGUGAAAAUACGAGUCAACCAGAGGCUUCGCCAGUAGCAGAAAUCGAGCAGGGUGUCUACUUUUGUGAUCGCUGUGACAAAACAUUUUCCAAACACAGUUCCCUAGCAAGACACAAAUACGAACAUUCCGGGCAAAGGCCGUACAAAUGCGUAGAGUGCCCAAGGGCGUUCAAGCACAAGCAUCAUCUGACCGAACACAAGCGAUUGCACAGCGGCGAAAAACCCUUCCAAUGCUCCAAGUGCCUCAAGCGCUUUUCUCACUCUGGCUCCUACAGCCAACACAUGAAUCAUCGUUACUCUUACUGCAAGCCGUAUAGAGAAUAGAGAAGUAUUCCCGCUAGUUGAAAAUGAAGAUUCUCUCGCUGAUUUAGCUAAGUACGUACGGUCUACUUUUUUUUUUUUUUUUUUUUUUUUUUCCCUAUCAUUUCAUGAUACCAGGAUUCAGGCAUUUAAAAAGAGAAGAAAAAAAAGAAAAA